ACUCCAUCCUGGAAACGCCCCUGCGUCCGUGAUCCGCGUCUACGAAGUACGACAUCAGUAGGCGGUGCUGGAUUUUACUCCGCAGUUUCUUCGGCUGCAGCCGGUUGUACUUGUGGCAAACAGCCCAGUAUUAAACAUUAAGCUGGUUGAAAGCUUGCACGACGAGCUGUUAACGAUUCUCUCACCUGUUGGUCAUGCUCAAAAUCCCCCCUGAUUAAGCGAAGUGAGGCGGGCACCUGUGGACCACGCACAGCUGUUUAGACAUCUGGAAUCAUCAGAACAGAUGUGAAGGCAGUGACGCCAGACUAAUCUGAUUAUCUCUCGGGUGAGAAUGAACGAGAAAGCCACUGGAGUGCAGAUCAUCAGUGAAGUGCUCGCAAGGCAGAAUAAAGGGGAUGAGGAGGAGAAGCUGACAGAUGAUGAGGAGCCCAGAGUGUGUGGUGUCUGUGGAGAUCUGGCAAAUGGUUACCACUUCAAUGCCUUGACCUGCGAAGGCUGCAAGGGCUUCUUCAGACGUACCAUAAAGAGGUCAAACCAACUCCGCUGUCCAUUCCUGAAUAAAUGUGUUAUAACGAAAAACAGCCGCCGGUCUUGUCAAGCCUGCCGCAUGCGCAAGUGUCAGGCCAUUGGCAUGUGCAAAGACAUGGUCAUGUCUGAUGAAAAGGUGCUGGAGAGAAGGGUCAAAAUCAAGAAAAAGAAGAUACUUAACACCCCAGUUCAGCUUUCAUCCCAACAAGAAAGACUUAUUCAGGAACUGCUCUUUGGUCACCGCAGCACAUUCGACUCGGCAUUUUCCCGCUUCAGCGGCUUCAGGCCUAUGGACCGAAACAUCCUUCCUGUGAAUACGCACAAGCAGACGGCAAGCAAGCUCUUUAACCCUCUGACCGAGUGCCCUAGAAACGCCUGCAGCACUGCGAGUAAAUCUACCACCGAGCCCACAUCAUCGCCAUCGGCCACCUCGUGCUGUUUAUCCUCCUCCCGUUUCCACAGUUCCAUUAAAAAACAAGAACACCACAUACGGAACGAUGUCGAAAACAGAUGUGUUUUCACCGCUCUUCCGCACGUGGCCGACCUCACGACUUACAUGAUCCAGGAUGUCAUUAGCUUUUCCAAAAGUCUCCAGGACUUCCAGUCUCUUACCAUGGGAGACCAAAUAUCUCUGCUGAAGGGAGCCAUGUUUGAAAUAAUACAGAUCCGCUUUAACAUGGUGUUCAACUCAAAAACAAGCACAUGGGAAUGUGGCCAUAUUACAUACUGCAUAGAUGACGCCGUACGAGCGGGAUUUCAGCCGCUCCUGCUGGAGCCCCUGUUCAGAUUUCACCACACCCUGCGCACACUGGGCCUACAGGAGGAAGAAUACGUUCUCAUGCAAGCCAUGUCUCUGUUUUCUCCAGAUCGUCCAGGCGUGCAGCAACACAGCUUGAUUGACAAGGUUCAUGAAAACUUGGCGCUGACGCUAAAAACCUGGAUUGACUGCAAGAGAUCAGGUCCAGAGAAACACCUGCUGUAUCCCAAAGUGAUAGCCUGCUUUACAGAGAUGAGAACAAUGACUGAGGAGUACAGCAAACAAAUUCUACAGAUCCAGGACAUCCAGCCUGACACCAUCACUCCUCUCAUAAUGGAGCAGAUGGCCCCGCCCCUCCCUGAGCCUGGUUCUGCUGGAGGUUUCUUCAAAGUGCUUCCAUUCUGAUGCUCUGUUUGAAGUUCAUCAGGUCAUCUCGACCACGUCUACACACCUAAAUGCACCAAGCUAGAGCCAUGUGAUCAGUCGAAUACACAUUUGCAUUAAUGAUUAGUUGAGCAGGUCUACCUAAUAAAGUGUCUUUGACAAUAUAUAAUGUA